UCUUGUCAAAAGACUUACACACAGGUGUUUUUGAUAAGUCAAAUCAAAACAAAAUCCAAAUUAGUAAACAUUAGCUGCAGUCAUGUUAUUGAGAGAUCAAAGGAACUAAUAUAUUCCCCGAUAUUAUGUUCGGAAGAAUUCGUAGGCAAAAUUUUGAUUCGGUAUCCUUGAAUUCUCCAUAAAACUAUUGUUUUUAGAGGGCAUUCAUAUUAGCAAAUAAUCGCAAAUGAAAGUGAAGCGCGGUUAUUACGAUGUUUUCGUGAAUACUUGUGCUAGGUUUCCGUCCAACGUCGCCGUGAGACACUACGUCGAUGGCGUCUACAAGAAUUACAUGUACUCGGAACUGUAUGGGGUGUGUGAGUACAUAUCACAGAAGCUUCAGCUGAUGCUCUGUAAUAAAGGAGUCAUUGGAUUGGUGUCAGAGAGGAAUAUCAUCAUACCAUGUGUCAUAGCCGCAGCCCACAAAAGCUGCACCACAUUCAUGUUUGUGGACCCGGCGCAAGACAUCGAGGCAAUAGCUAAAGACGUUGAAUUUACAACAAUAAUUAUCAUCAGAAAUAAUGAAAGUGAAGCUAAGACUGAACUAUUUGGUAAAGAGCCAGAUGAAACCGUGUCUGUGUUUGACUUGAUUAUAAGUUUUUUUAGCUGUGAUACGAUAGCCGAACCGCACAUCAAGCAUACAGCUCACUCAUACAUAGCAAUGACUUCAGGCAGCACCGGGGAACCUAAACAUAUACAGGUCCCCAUCCACUGUCUACAGCCCAACAUAACUGAUCUCACCAAAAUGUUCAAUAUUACAACAGAAGAUGUUAUAUUCUUCUCUACACCGCUUACAUUCGACCCUUCAAUGGUAGAAAUAUUACUGGCCUGCAUGAAUGGAGCAUCUCUCCUUAUUGCGCCUGAUAGAGCAGAUGUGUUAUUCCCACAAAACAGAGCUAACUCGGUCACAGUCUGGCAAACAACACCAUCUAAGUUUUUACAGUAUUCUAAUGCUGAUAUCAAAAACAAAAUUUUCUGUCCAAACUCAACACUGAAGAUACUGGCACUUGGUGGAGAACCCUUCAAUAGCAUUAAGAGGUUACGGGAACUAAAGCAUUUUGAUAACAAAACAAAGAUAUUCACAUUGUAUGGAGUAACUGAAAUGUCAUGCUGGGCCUGUGUGGCUGAACUGGACCUAAAAAAAAUUCAAACUGACAGGGAAGUGCCACUGGGUAGCUGUCUCUCUGAAACAGAACUCAUUGUUGAACAUGCUAAAGAAAAUAAAAAUACAGGAAAAAUUAUAUUAGUAAGCAAAACUAGAAAAUGUGUUAUUCUAAACAAGGCGAAAGGUCCAGAAGAGCUAAACUCACUCAAAUUUUUGGACACUGGAGACAUCGGAGAGAUCAGAAACGGUACUAUCUACUACAGGGGCCGCAAAGAUGAUGUCAUCAAGAGAUUCGGUCACAAAGUUAAUUUACAAAUGAUAGAAAACACCAUCAUGCAAUGUCCAAGAGUAAAGACUUGCUCAUGUGUGUGGCUACCAAAACCAAUGCUCCUGGCUGUAUAUUUCUCCUCAGAAACUCUCAGCAGCCAAGAGUUAUCUGACUUCUUAAAAUGUAAACUUGAUGAUAAACAUUGGCCUGAUAAAAUUAUGAGGGUAGAUAACUUACCCACCAAUCCUCAUGGGAAGGUAUCAAAACAAAUAUUGAGUAAAAUGUUUGAAAAAUUAAUUGGAGUGCCACAUUCUGUUGAUUCUUUAAAAUUCAUGUUUCUAAAGGAGUUGAAGGCUGCAAUGAGUAGAAGCUUUACUUAUGAUCAAAUAAAAGAUAAAGACUUCUUUGCGUUGGGCGGGACGUCGUUCUUAGCUGUUUCAAUAUGUAACAAGCUAUCACAGACAUGUCCACAAUUUUCGAAAGUGAUCCUGCCGUAUUUGAUGACACAGAAGAACACAAUAGAAGAGAUACUACAGAUAGCAAAAAAACAGAUGUCUGGGAAUGAAACAAAACCUAAGAAGCGCGUUAAGAGGUCACGGUCGGACAGCGAGGCUAUGGGCCAGGCAGACUAUUUGUUACAAAAGAAAGCUAGUAUAUCGUCUAACAGCAUCCCUGUGGAGUUUAAUGUGAUGUGGUCCCAUGAUACUGGGAAGUGUGUUGAUGCUUCUCCCACAUUGUUCCAGUCAGGCUUCAACCUUUACGUGGCGGUGGGCAGCCAUUCUGGGAAAGUAGUUAUAUGCGAUGCCAUAACAGGCACUCUUAACGCUGAACUGGUCAUGAACACGAGGAUAGAAGCCGCAGUUCUCUGUUACUAUGACAACGAAGUCAUGCCUCCCUGUGGGAUAGUCGGCGGGUACGACGGGACUGUGAUAUGCUUUUGCUUAGACACCUUUAAAGAAAUAUGGAGGAUCAACAUCAGGGCUAUGAUCAAGAGUAAGGCGGUCUGCUGUAAGGGAAAGCUGUAUAUCGCGGCUUAUGAUGGAAAAGUGAGGUGUAUUGAUAUACUGACUGGCGCAGUGAAAGAUACAAUAAUUAUAACCGACCAGGCCAUUUCUGCUGACCUGGUACUGGCUAAGAGGGAGUUCGUACUGCUGGGCACCUUAUCCGGCGAGUGCGCAUGUGUCCACACGAUGACCAACAUGCUGUCGUGGCGCGGUACUUUGGGCAGUCCCGUGUUCGCUAGUCCUGUGCUCUACGACAACGAUAAAUACGUAGUAUUCGCUGAAGUCGCCGGCGAUAUACAUUGUAGGACUGUGGAGAAGGGCAUCAAGAUCUGGAAAUAUCAGGGUGCAAAGGGCAAUGUAUUUUCGUCAAUCUAUGUAAAGCAAAUAGACAAGCUGAAAUGGCAAAUGGUAUUUGGUUGCCACGACAAAGGCGUGUACAGUCUAAUGAUCAAGAAUUUCCAGCCAAGUUUGCUUUGGAAGACCCAACUUACCUCCCCAGUCUACUCCACCCCCUGUGGUUUGGAUCUCAGGUUCAUAUUAGCUGCAUCAAGUAACGGAAAACUAUGUGUUCUUGAUUCAGAUAAUGGAAUUGUGUUAGAAGAACACAGUUUACCAAACGAAACAUUUUCUUCACCAGCUGUGUAUGGUGACUACAUAUUCAUAGGUUGUAGGAAUGACCAUCUGUAUUCAAUUAGAUAUAUUUUGAACUAUUGACUCAUCUAGUCCAACAAUCAAUUGGAGUUGAAUUUAAUUAAAAAUUUAAGUAUAAAUUGUUUAAUAAACAUAAGGACAUAUA